GGCUAACUGGUCCAAAUAAAUUUUCGAUUCAAACGACUGUUUAGUGGUCACUAGUCGUAAAGCAGGUUUGCGAGUGGCAACAAAAUAAAAUUCCAUCACAUUGUCGUUUUAACGGGAAGAUCCACACAAAGGCGCUGUUGCUUUCAUACACAGCUGGGAAUACUGAGCGGAGAAAUUAGAUGCAGUGGCAGCGUGCGACUCCCGCGUGGAUCAAGUCACGAAUAAUCUGCAAUUAUCGGCAGUUUUCAUUGUCACAAGCAUAACGAUGACAGAUCCGUCAUCUCAUGUUCUCUCACCAGAUAUUAUGCUGUGCACUACUUACGCGAACUAACAUACUAUGGAUUCGAAAUACAACAAGCAGAAAAAACUACGAGUACUUUGUUACAAAAAAAAGACAUGUACUGGACUAACUGGAGUAGGUUUUACUUUACAACGGAUGUUGCCGCUGCCAAGUUUGCUGGAACUUAAAGAAAGUUAGUUUUCUUAUAUGGACUUGUGAAGCAGCCCUGAAGUCUUCCUGUUCUGUUGGAUCCAGAGAAUUACUAGUCAGAAAUCGGUCCCCGCCGAAGCUUGAGGACAACCAUGCAGCGGCAGUGCUGCCAUUGUAUCCGAACUGUCGCAUCAUAUGCACAAGCGCUGGCAGCGUCCAGUACAGUGGUUUCUCCGGCGCGAAAAUUUCUCCAACUUCUCUGCACGCAGUCCUAUGCAACGAUUUCUUUCACCGAUCCGUCUGUCCAAGAUCGAAGGAAAAAUCGCUCGUUUGUACCGCAAGAUCCGGAUUUCUUGUUUGUGGAUCCCACCGCUGCUCUGCAGAAAUACGUUGAGGCGCCUUUGUUUAACGUCAACGAAAAGCCUUUCACACCUACAAAACUGGACAUGCUAGCCGCCCAGGAGGUCUUUCGAUCUACUACGGAGGGCGAUAUCAAGAUGAUUGACUCAAUGAUAGAUCCCGAUGAAGCGCCACUGUAUGAUCUACCGGAGAUCGCAUUCUUGGGCCAGAGUAACGUGGGAAAAUCGUCUUUAAUCAGAGCUCUUUUCAUAAAUACGCCACGUUUGAAAGUACCGAUUUCGAAGACUCCGGGUUAUACAAAAACAUUGCGGUUUUAUCAAGUUAAAGACCACUUCACCCUUGUGGAUAUGCCCGGUUACGGGUUUGGCCAGCCGGAAUAUUUCCGGACAUGCGUGGAAGGAUUUUUACGGAAACGGAAAAAUUUGCGUUUUGUCUUCCUUCUGGUGGAUGGUUCUUCCCAUACGUGGAACGAAAGGGACCUACGUAUGCUGCAGUACUUAGAAGUUUUGAGAGUAUACUUUUGUGUGGUGCUGAAUAAAAUUGAUCUGGCUAACGAUACGGCACGUUUGAAGAAGCUGGCAAUGGUUAGACAAGUGCGCGAUCAGUAUGCCUCUCCCAGCUGCUUUCCACAGCCUUUUUUUGUUAGCUCACUGACCGGAGAAGGUUUGGCUUACAUCCAAGCUUUUAUUGCACACAUUACCGGAGCCCUGGCGUUAGAGUCGGACAGAUAGAUAAUAAGGAGACUUUUCCGCGAUGACUUAUUGAAUGAGCCAUUUUGAUCAUUGGAUUUGCUUUUUUACAAUGUUGAUUGAUAUGUUCCGAUAAAUGAAGUUUUUAAAUUUGGUAAAACUUUGUGACUGAUUGUGACAUACCAUAAAACUAUGUUGUAC